UGCUGUUAACCCCUUAGUGCAAUGCUGAGUACUUGAGCACUUGGUUGAUUUUCCCCUCAUAGCCUACACAUCUGGAAUCACCACACAUCUAUAAAUUUCAAAAGCCGAACUUUGCUUUAAGCUUUUCGAUCAGACUUUCGCCUGAGUAGUGUCUUUUCGGUACACGAAUCACAAUUCGUUCACCUUACAAGCAUGUCAACCGAUACUCUUGACGAGAUGUCACUCAAAGUCCAGGAAUGGCUUCAUGAUGGACCCUACGCCUGCACAUCUCUUAACAAACUCUCCGGCGGCACCGCCAAUUUCGUGUAUCGAGGUACUCUAGCUGCUCCUCUGCAAGACGGGUCUAAGACGGUGGUUAUCAAACAUACAGAAGGCUACGUAGCUCAAAGUCCCAAUUUCAAGCUAACCACAACCCGAUGCGAUUACGAACAAACAGUCCUUGUAGCACUACUCAGCCUCUCACCAUCCACCCACUCAAACAUCACCGUCCAAACACCUACCCUACAUAUCUUCUUACCAGCAACCAACACACAAAUCUACAGCGACCUUCCCUCUUCCCUAGACUUGAAAGCUUAUGUACUCAAACACGCCUCUUCCAUUACUCAUUCACAAUGUCUCCGUCUAGGUCACGCUCUCGGUCUCUGGACUAGGAGAUUCCAUGAUUGGGCACAGGCGAAAGAGCAGGAGGAACUGGUGGAGAGUAUGCGAGGUAAUGUGGCGAUGCGAGAUCUGAAGUUCAUGAUCAAUUAUGAGAGGUUGGUGCAGAGCAUUGAUACCUACCCUAGGAUCUUAGAAGGUAGUAGGAGUUUGUUUGAGGCUGUUAGGGAGGGUGUAAGGAAGGACUUGGACGACGGAGCGGUGUUGAUUCAUGGGGAUCUUUGGAGUGGGAAUAUUCUCCUACCCGAUGGCCCAAUUUCUGAUCAGGACGAUCAGCUGAAAGUCUUCGUCAUCGAUUGGGAACUUAGCCAAGUCUCUUCCCAAGCCUUUGAUCUCGGUCAGGUAUUCGCAGAGCUCUUUGAGCUGAAGCAUUUUAAGGAUAUUGAUGCGGGAACGUGGCUCAUCGAAGCUUUCAUGCGGGGCUAUGGAGAGAUUGAUGAGGAGUUAGCGUUCAAGACUGCGGUUCAUGUUGGUGUGCAUUUGAUUUGCUGGGGUUCGAGGGUCCAGGGCUGGGGAAGUGAGGAGCAGAUUCAAAGGAUUGUGGAGGUGGGAAAGGAUUUUGUGGUUGAAGGCUGGGAGAAGAAUAAGGCAUUCUUUACGGAGGGGCCGUUGAAGUGUCUUUUCGAUUGAUAUGAGAAUCGAUACCGGACACGAGGGAGCUGCUUCAAAGUGUUGCUUCAAUUUCAACGAAUGCAAAACAUAUUUACCGAAUGGGCCAGGCUCUGCUGUCAACAGGCUGGACGCGAAC